GUUCACAACUUAGGUUUUGCUUUUCACGACUCUCUGGUUUUCGUUCUCAUUAGGGUUUUCGAGCUCCUCAGCCAUGAGAACCCGGCGGCAAAAGAUCUUGGAGGAUCGUCAAGCCGUCGUCGGACGGUUAAAUGCUGGCGAAAACUCAUCGACGAUCCCAGACGAUCUCAUCUCCCAGAUAUUCUUGAGAUUGCCUGCUAAAUCUAUAGCCAGAUGUCGAUGCUUAUCGAAACUCUGGGCCUCCAUAAUCGAUCGUCAAUAUUUCGCGGAUAGCUACUUUAAAAUAUCAUCUGCUCGUCCUAAUCUCUUGUUCGCCUUCCAAGCAUACGGCGAGGUAUUCUUCUUUUCAGCACCUCAGAAUCAAGAAGAUGACGACAACUCUUCUCCGGUUACCGCCAGUUAUCGUAUGAGUUUUCCUGUUAAUACUGUCAAAGGAAUAUUUAGUCCUAUCAGUGGUUUGGUGUGUGUUAAAGAUGAACGGAUCUUAAAAGGGAUGAAAACUCCAGUGACGGUGUUGGUGAUAUGUAACCCUACCACGGGACAGUCCUUCACCUUACCUAGAAUGAAGACAAGGAAGAGGAAGUCUGAUGUGAGAAGCUUUUUUGGGUAUGAUCCUGUUGAGAAGCAGUACAAAGUUUUGUCAAUGACGUGUGCACGUGACAUAGUAGAAGAUGACGGCAUCUCUACGGAGCACCAGGUUCUGACGUUACAAACUGGGAAACUCUCAUGGAGGAUGAUUAAAUGUGGCGUACCGCAUCAACCUGGAUCUAAUAAUGUUUGCAUCAAUGGUGUUUUGUAUUACAAAGCUGAGAACAGAGCUGAUUCUCCUACCUAUGGUGAGAUGAUUAUAGUCGCCUUUGAUUUUAGGUCUGAGAAGUUCAGCUUUACUGAAACCGGAAAACCUUACCUUCUUAGUUUGAUAAACUUCAAUGGUAAACCGGCUUCAGUUAUACCGAGUAACUCUAAUUCUUUUAAUAGAGCAAGUACAAUUGAUUUGAGGGUUCUAGAUGACAUAGAGAAAAAUGAAUGGUCCAAGCAUGUUUACAAACUGCCUCUGUCUUGGGAGAAUGUAGUUGGAGAUGCCGACCUAUACUCUGUUAAACUGACUGCCGCAAAUGAAGUUAUGUUUUCAGGGUACAAGCAACGCUCUCCUUUCUAUCUUUUCUACUACAGUCUUGAGAGGGAAACUAUCAGAAGAGUUGAAAUCCGAGGAAUGGAAGCUUUUACGAAUUUCCAUGUUUACACUUUUGUAGACCAUGUAGAAGAUGUCAGGAGUGUCAAAGGUGUUUUGGGGCUGGCGCUUUAAGUGAUCUCUUCUUAAGAAAUGAUCACGGGAUCUUAAUAGAACCUUUUAAGGUGUUUUAGGACUGGCUCGUUUUAUGUUUCUCUUAUCCAUGAUGAGUAUGUAUCUUAUUCUCCUGUUCAAUGGUUCAUGCACCAAGGAGCAAUAUUUAUUCUAUGCUAAGCCAGAAGAGUUCAGUGUUGAUUUUACAUCGU